AUGGCUAAAGUGAAACGAAUAUGCAACAGUUGAUUUCAAGUUACAAACAUGAAAAUGUGCACUGUGAUCGUGUGAAAAAAUUGUUUUUUUGUGUGUGGGUUUUGUUAGUUUGUGUAGAUAUAACUGGAAUUAAUGGAUAUUCGAUCGAAACUGAAUAUGAUUCUAUGAUUAAUAUCACGAGGAAUAAGAGACAAUCAGAAUGUAUUGAUGGGUUCAAAUGUACUACUAGUGGGGAAUGUAUAGGCAGAUUUGACAGAUGCGAUGGCAGACAGCAUUGUAAAGAUGGAAGUGAUGAACUCGAUGACUGUAAAACAGCUAUUACUUGUCCUGGUUUCUUGUUCGUCUGUGAUUAUGGAGCCUGCAUAGAUAGUUUCAGAGAAUGUGACGGCAAAAAAGAUUGUCAUGAUAAUUCUGAUGAGCACCACUGUAAAAUUAGUACCGAUGAAGCAUCAAAAGUACAAAGUAACUGCAAAUCCGAUCAGUUCCAUUGCCUGUCCGGCAAUCAAUGUAUAUCGCUCGACGACCAAUGUGAUGGAGUCCCGAACUGCGACGACGGAUCCGACGAAACCGAAGCUACCUGUCGAAACAAGUUCUGCCCAGGGUUCACAUACGUAUGCGAUUACGGCGCAUGCGUGAACGGGUUCGCCAAAUGCAACGGCGUCAAAGAUUGUGCCGAUAAUUCGGACGAACGAGAUUGCACGCCUCCCACGCCCAAGCCUACGAAGCCUACGAAGCCUACCAAGCCUACGAAGGCUCCCGUUACCCAAUCGCCUGUUGGGGGUUGCACGUUACCGGAACAGCCUUAUAGAGGCAAAUGGCAGAUCGCAGGCAGCGAUUCUGGGCAGGUACCGGGAAUGAAAGUGGCAGUCAACACCUUUUUGACCUUCACCUGCGAAAAGGGUUACAAGUUGUCCAAAGAAAGCAAUCUGAUGGCCUGCCUCGACAAUGGCUGGACAGGAGAACCACCGACUUGCUUGUUACUUUGUCCUACCUUGUAUGACACACCCACCACCAAAGUCCACUGCUACAAGGAUAACGUGAUCGAAAUCAAGUGCGAUCAAGCUACAGGCGGCGAUUCCGCCACUUUUGAAUGUGCCACGUAUUACGAGUCGUACGACCACAAUAACGCCACCCGGUAUUGCUUGUACAACGGGAUGUGGAAUUAUCCUGCGCCGCACUGUAUACCAGUGUGUGGAGAGGAGAGGGUGUCUAACGAACCUUUGAUAGUGAACGGACAAACUGUCGUUAGAGGAAACUACCCUUGGGUCACAGCAAUUUUUCAAUUUAUCAACGGUUCUUUUAUUAAUGUAUGCGGAGGUUCCAUGCUGUCACAGAAGGUCGUACUAACAGCUGCCCAUUGUGUAACUGAUCAAAACGGAAAAGCCAUAUCUCCUUCCCUUGUAAACGUGGGAGUGGGAAAAUUCUAUAAUUACUAUAAAGAUGAGCGGGAUUCUCAGGCUCAAUACUCAGAUGUAGAGAAAAUGUUGGUGCACAAGAAUUUCAAGAGCGAUGCUCAACAUUAUGCGUCUGAUAUAGCCUUCUUGAUCACCAAAGACAUUUUGUUGUUAUCAAGAGUAGCUCAACCUGUAUGCUACAGCAAUCUGAAGCAUAUCCCCCUCAACAUUGGCUCAGAAGGAAUAGUAACAGGUUGGGGAUAUACUUUGGCUGGCGGAAGUCCUUCUGAGGAGUUGAAAGAAAUGAUCGUUCCAUUUAAAGAUGACGCCACUUGCAAUGAAGAACUUCCCCACGAUUUUGCACGCAAAUAUUUGACUUACGACAAAUUUUGCGCAGGACUUAAAAAUGAAAGUGUAUCCGUGUGCAAGGGUGAUAGCGGGGGUGGAUUGGUUUUCCGUAAUUAUCGAGACGAACGUUACUACGUCCACGGCAUUGUCAGCGUAACCAGUAAGACUGAAGAGGGAUGCAACAUUCAACUGAGCGCCCUGUAUACGAGGGUGGCCUCGCAUUACGAAUGGCUCGAACAGGUCGUGUCACGAUAUUCGGUUGCCGUUACCGAUUUCAAUAUACGAUGA